ACAAAUAAGAAUGGCUCCUUUCUAGAUGUCCAUGUUUUGUUGCUAGGUGCAAAUAACAACCGAAAAAAUAUUCGAAGUUCAUACAUUGUUUAGCAGAGCAGUAUUGUAACAUAUUUUUAUGUGAAUUUGAAAAUAAUCGAACAUUUAUUCUCUGCAAUAUAUUCUUUAUACCUUUUUCAAACGAAAUUUCUAAAAUAUUGAUUUUGAAUUUUGAGUGAAACUUAAUAAAUUUAAGUAUUAUUAACUGAUAAUUUUAUUAUUAAUAAUACUAAAUAUUAAAGAAUGAAAAUGGUUGAAUUGAAAUUUAAAAUAAAAAGUAUUUCUAUCGGCUCGAGAAUUAGAACAUCUCGCCAUAUUUUUUUCUGACUUCAUGACAUUUCAAGAGUCUUAUUUUAUGAUACUAAAUACACUAAAUAGAAAUUAAAGUAAAAAGUGUGUCAUAAUCAUAAAUGAUCAUGUCACAAAGUUAAGUAAGUCCAAGCAACAUUCUUCAAGUCACUUCAACCGAAUUUUCUCGAGGCUGGCUGAAUAAGGUACGGAGAUUUAAAAUACAUUGUCUUUGACUUAAACAAUUGAAACAAUAAUAAUAAACUAAUAAUUAAUAAUAAAUUAGUAAUUCCCCGAUUUUAUCCUAUAGCCUAUAACUUAUGUUGUCAGCAUUGUCAUUGUUGAAAGUUGGGACAAAAUUGUAAACUACAUCAACUUUUUCCGCAUUGAAUGUCGAAAUUGGUUUCAAGCUCAAGUUUAGCUUGGAGGGCUGAGGCCUUGAUGCCACUGAACAACCUAUUUAUGUUGAGGCUGAUGAAACAUAUUAUUUUCUUCGGAAAAAUCAUUGUAGUUGUUGCCGUUGCGGCUCUUGGGUUGUUGGAAUAGGCUCAAAGAACCUGUUUUCAUCCAAUUGUUGAGUCACAUUUGGAUUUCACCAUGUAUUUGCCAAAACAUUAUUGAACUGCUAAAGUGACUGCUCAUUCGAUUCGUUUUUAUUCGUGUUUUGAAUUUGGAACAGACGUUUGAAGGAUUGCCUAAUUAUCUAAAAUAUAGCCUUUUAAUUUAAGUAUUGCAUAAUGGUACCAAAUCCUAGUAUAUAUAAUAUAUGUAUAUAAUUUUAAUCAUGUAAUUUAUGUAGAAGUAGUUCAUUUAAUUAAUAGUAAGGCCCUACCUCUAAUUUGACUAGGACUGUUAAUAUUAUAUCUAUACUUAUUAAGACAAUUAUUAAUAACACGAGCAGGGUAUUGGCCCUAAUCAGUGCUUUUUUUUUGCCAAAGUACCCAAAGAACAAGUCAGAACAUAGUUCCGACUCAUAUUUUCAGCAGAAUUUAAUUAUUUUUAACCACUUCCUUACUGAUGACAUUUACGCGAUGUCGCGGUCACCCACUUUCAAUUACCAAGGUUGUCAACGUGUGUCAUCAUAACAAAAAGUGAAAGAACUUUUCUGAAAUACCAAGGACGUCACGUCGACCUCAAAUUUCAAUGCUAUAUAUUUCCUUAUACGUCAAUAUAUAGAGAAGUAAAAAAAGCGAAUCGGAUAGAGAAUGAAAUAUACCGAAAAUUUCAUCUUUUUAAAAUUUUUUUGGGUAUAUUUAUAUAUAUAUAUAUUUAUUUUUAUAAAAAUAAAAAAAGAAGAACUUUUUUUAUUGCUGAGUCAGCAAAAAUCGAUGUCCACAACCUAGUGGUAAUGUAGGGGUUAAAAUAAAAUUAGAGUUCUGGCACGUUUUUUUGUACCAAAAAACAUUGGCCUAAUAUGUAAUAAAUAUCAAUUAAGACUGAUUUCCAUUACGUUGAUGACGAUAGUUUCAUGGCUGCACUGUGUUAUCAUACAAAACUAAAACUUCAUCCAUUUUUCUAGUAGCAGUUUGUUGGGGAAUGUUAAUUAAGCACUGAUACUGAUAUGUAGUCCUCUAUUAAAAAGAAAUAAAGACAUAUCACAUAUAUUUAAUUCUUAAGAUGUAUAGGCCUCACAUAAAUUAAAAUAUUUUCAUCUCUGCACCCAGAUGUAGCACAUAGUUGGCAACCACAGACACAAUUAAAAAUAAUAAUGGUCAUCAAUUUAAAUAUAGGCCUACAGUUUUGAUGAGUGGACUAGUGUCAAGUUUUUCUUACAAAUAUCAAUGUUACUGACAUAAUGUAUUUUAGGCAGUUACUGUCAAUAAAUUCAAUACUAUUAAAAUCAAUUUUCUCUAGGAUUCAAACAUAACAUAAAUUUUAACCAAAUUUAGUUAUUGAAUAACUAAGUAAUUGAUUAACAAUGAUUAUAAAUUCAUACAUUAUUUUAUUAGUUUAUGAUUGAUUUAAAAAGUGGUAGGGUAACAAUCAAUGACAUAGCUAGGACUAGUAGCCCAGGGGUGGGCUAAGAUUUUUGUCGCCCCCUUUAAUGAAAAAAAAACUGGUGGGUGCCAAUCAAAAUAAGGACAUAUGUACUGCCAGAGUGGACUGCCCCCUCUGCAUCCCCUUCUUACGUCACUGCUAAAAAUGUUUACCUGAUAACUAAGAGGUGGUGGGAUUUUAAUUUUCUCUGGUACCCAGCUGUGGUAUAAUUUUCCACUUUAUUAUUGCUUCGGUUUUCCCAAGAGCAUUCAUAGUAUUAAUUUAGAAAAUAUGUUAAAAAUUUGACUGUGCUCAUGAAUAGCACUAAUAAUGUACAUACAGUAAUAUUCAACAUUCCAUAUUUCCAGUUGCAGCUGAUAUGUGAAAUAACAAGGCAUACACAAUGGGUAAUUGUGUUUCACAGCUCAAAAAGAAAAAAGAGCCAAACAGGUGAUUUGGAUUUUACUUUUGUACUUAACAACUCAUUUAAAACAGCUAAUCAAACCUUAAGACUCAAGAAGUAAAUGAUCUACUUUUGAAUUAAUUCAAUCUCAGUGUCUAUGCAUUAAUUAAACAAUAUUAUUGUUUUUUUUAUAUUUUAACUGAAGCCACACAUUUUUCUUUUGUGAUGCCAGGGAUGAAGAAAGUUGGCAGUUGGCAAUUUUGAAUAAUCUUCUAUUCAAACAAACUUGCAUUUGAACAACAUUUCUUCGCAUAAAUUGAUUUAGUGCAAAUUGAUUUUGUAUUAGUAUUAGUUUCCAUAAACGAUAUACCUUAGUCCUUUGUUUCAAGUUAGAGUAGUUAAUAUUUGAGUUAAAUGUUGUGAGCUACAUUAUUUUAUUUUACCUAAAAUAUUGCCACACCAUCUAUUUCUUUUACAUUUUCUACAAAUUUUGAAUAAUCUUCUAUUCAAAUAAACUUGCAUUUGAACAACAUUCCUUCUCAUAAAUUGAUUUUGUGCAAAUUGAUUUUGUAUUAGUUUCCAUAAACGAUAUUCCUUAAUCCUUUGUUUCAAGUUAGAGUAGUUAAUAUUUGAGUUAACUGUUGAGAGCUACAUUAUUUUAUUUUACCUAAAAUAUUGCAACACCAUCUAUUUCUUUUACAUUUUCUACAAACUGGAUUGUAUUGGACUAUAUUAAAAUGAUAUGUCAUAUAGAAUAGAGAACUCAUCAACUUAGUUCUGUUUAGAUUUAAAGUCAGAAAGUUGUCGUAGAUGAAUUCAGUUGAAAAAUAUGGGUAUGAUCUAAACCCAAUAAGCUUUGUCUGAGAUUGACAAUAAAAAAAUUUACAUAUGAUUUAAACUGUUACAAUAGUUUGUCACCAACAUGAAAAAUUUGGAAAGCUUAAAAAUGUACUUAAAACUUACUGCAGCAAUAUCAUAUCUGUGUAUGUGCAGUGACUUUCUUUAAAAAAAUAUUUAUUCAAUUAAAAUUCACAGAGCUAUAACAUUAGCCAUAGUUGGAAUUGAUAAUGCUGGGAAGACAACACUAUCCUGUGUACUUGCUGGGGGUAUGAAGCCAAAUCGUUUUUAAUUCCUUGCUUAAUUUAUUUAUAUUGUAAUGUAUCAAAGGGUGUAUUAUUUAUGUAUUGCACUGAUUUCCAACGCAUAACCAAUUUUUUUUAUUGCUAGUUCCUUGAUGGCUCUUAAGUAACGUGAUUGGUUAUGUAGACGUCAGAAUAUCUUUUAUGAGACAAUUUCUAAAACUUUGAAAAGAAAUGUCUUAUUUUCUAUUUAGGGUAAUUAUAAUGUUAUGUUUAAAUUUUAAAAAAAACAACUUUAUACCAGGUAACAAUUCAUCUAAGCGUGGAAACAAGAGUGUUUAAUCAUGUUAGUAAUUAGGCUACAUGCCAAAGUUAAUUUAUGUCACUGUUCUUCUCAUAUUUCCUAAUACAGAGCAAAUAGACCCUGAUAUAGCCCCGACUGUAGGAUUUCGCAAUGCCAAAUUUAUCAAUUCUAACUUUGACAUCAUUCUUUUUGAUGUUGGUGGAGGAAAGAACAUAAGGCCCAUAUGGAAGACAUACUUUGGAGAAGUAUUUGGAAUAAUGUAUGUUGUGGAUUCCAGCAGCCGAGAUCGCUUGUUAGAAGCCAAAGAAGUAUUCAAGGAAACCUUAGAACAUCCACAGGUUUCUGGAAAACCUGUUCUAAUGUAAAUAUAGAUAAGCUUGUGUAUAUAAUUACAUCUGUUGUCUCCAGAUUGAUCUCAAUAUCAUAAAGUCUGAAACUAAUUAUUUAAAUAUCAGAGCACCAUUUCUAUUUUUAGUCCAUCAAACAAAACUAUCCGUUACGUUUAACACAGUGGGUUGUACCUUUUAUCUUUGUGCUUGUGAAUAUGGAUAAGUUCAGAGUCAUCAUAUUUAUCAUUAGGAAGAUACUUUUUUUAUGUUUAUGGCUAUACUUUUUGAAUGUUUGUGGUUGUAACAGACCAUGUUUUCACAAGAAACCAGAGAGGUAGCAUGAGUGAACAGUGAACUGUGUUGACCAUAUUUUCCACGAGGAGAGAGAGUGAAUUGUAUUUUUGUGAAGCAAAUGUGAGCUCCACGUUUUUGGAGAGUAAAUUAUGUUUUUUGGUAAAGCGGUCGUUUCCACGCUUUGCUGGUAAUAAAAGGGGCAGUUGAGAUAGUAGAGCGGAGGGUAGCAGAGUUAUAGCGGAGUUGUAGCAGAGUGAGGACGUGUUUUUCUGAGAGGUGGAAUAUUAUAUAUAUAUAUGAGAAAUGAUUACAUUCAUGCAAGGAUUAUUAUUAAUAUUAUCAGUGUAAAGUGUGAUAUAAUAAAGUACUGUAAGUUUAACCAGAAUUCAGCAUACUUCUUUGCGUGACUGGAUAAGUGACUGGAAGAAUGGAAGAAGUCUUAGCCGGCAUCCUGAAUCAUUAAUGUAAAACAAGUGACCAUGCUACUGACAUAACGCCCUAAGAAACAAUGAUGUCACACCAUGUGUUACAAUGGUGUCAGAGCAUGCGUUACAAUGGUCUUUAAACCCGUUCCGAAGUUUGUAUAACUGUACGCAUAUCUGUUGCUGUUAAUUGCUGGUAGGAGUAAAAACUUGCCAAGUAGGAAUUAAUAUGUCAUAAUUGAUUUCUCACCUCUGUCCAUCGUUUCCACAGCCUGGCUAACAAAGUGGACAAGGAAGACCAUUUGAAAGAACUGGAUUUAGUAAAUGGGCUUGAUCUAGAGAAAACUGUCAAUGACAACAAAUGCCCUUCUAAGCUGGUAGAGUAUCAAUAUUUUUUCAAGCCUUGCUAAAAUGUGUUUACAAUUAUUUUAUCACUUACAUUAUCUCAGGGGUCUCAAACUCAAAUUAUCCAGGGGCCGCAGGAGUUAGAGUCUGGGUGAGACUGAGCCGCAAAAAAGGGAUUACAAAUUCAAUAAAGUACAACUGUUACCCUUGUUAAUAACAAAUAAGAACAUUAAGGGUUCUCAAGAACUAGGCCGUCACAUUGUGUAUCAUUGUUAAUGGCAUUAUAUCCUAAAUAAUAAAAUAAAAUUCCCGGUGAUCUGAAAAAAUAUUCAGCUUAUCAAUGCUAUGAAAAUGAUGACCUAUUGUUAAGACAAAAAAGAAUAAAAUAAAAAUAAGGCAAUGCGUAACUAUAAAGCAUAACUAUAAAACGUGUUCAAACAGAAGGCAUGGGCAGGCAAUAUUUAUGAAUUAUUGAUGCGAAAGGGAGGGAGAAUGAAUUUUGAUUUAUUUUUCAUCAUGGAAAAGGCCUUUUGACUAACCCUACUUUGAAAUAGAGUCCCAGCUAACAGGCUCGAAUUUUCCUCCCUUGUACACACUAGCGGCAAUUUUAAUAGGGUUCUUUGAUACUGUGUCAGAUUGCUACAAUUUACACAAUUAUGGUUGUGCAUUACCCACUAACUGACUUUUUAAACUUUUGACAUAUGUACAUACCAUAUUCGAAGCUUGUUUUCUCAAAACCGCACUUUGGCCAUGUUUAUCUCAUAAGAUGCUAUAAAAAAAGUUUGUCUGCUUUAAAACGGUCUUUACCAUCAUAAUAAAAGUCCAAAGCUAUACAAACAUAAUAAAAAUCAGAAUUAGACUAGUGAGAUUCAACUGAAACUGUCACGGAGGGUCACAUUAGAGAUAUGAGAAUGGGGAAAAUGAGCAGGCCCCAUUAACACUAAACUUUGCUGUUAAGUAGCGGGCCGCAAAAUAUCGUCUUGCGGGCUGCAAAUUGCCGCAGGCCACAAGUUUGAGACCCCUGCAUUAUCUCAUCAAAAUUUAAAUAAUAUUCUUAACUGGCAAAUGACUAUGGCUUUUGAUAGGUAAUGGUGUCAGCCCUAAAAGGAGUUGGAACUAAAAUGGACAAUGAGAUCCAAGAAGGACUCACCUGGCUCUUGGGAAAUAUUGGUACCAAUUGGAGCACUCUAGAGCCAAGGAUACAGGAGGACAUGAGACAAGCUAAGGAAAAGAGAGACAAAGAAAGGGAGGAACGUAGGGCCAGAGUUAAGAAACAAAAGGAGGAGAGGUACAUUUAUCUUAUUUGAACAAAUAUUUGUUUGAGGUUUUUGUUUGUAAAAGUCUUUCCUUUUCGUUUUCUUCAGCCAAUUUUGUUUCUUUUCUUUGGGAUACCAUACUUUAAAAAAAAUUUAGAGAUUAAAGAAUAUGCAAUCUUCUGUUUCUAAGAUGUUUAAUUUAAUUUUAUAUUCCAUCUAAAAGUUGUGUUCUCUCAUACACAUUUUCGAAGAAAUAGAAAAAAAAAUGAUUUAAAAACAAGGCAAACAUACUUAAAUGUUGUAACAUUAACAGAGAAAAGGCAGAGGAACUUGAGAGAUCAGCACUUGGUCUAGAGAAGAAGGAAGAGAGUGAAGAGGAGGAUAUUGUUGAUGGGAACCCAUUUAAGGCCCUGGACUUGGAUAAGUUGAAAAAAAAGGUUGGUGUGUUUCUAACAUAUUUAAACCUGAAGGCAGAUGCUUGGCAAAUCAAAAACUUUUAUUUAUGAUCUACCAUAGAUAAGGGUUGUGACACAACCAUGAGAAUCAUUAGUUAGGUUAAUAAGUGAACACUUUUUUUUUAAUAGCUUCAGUAAUUUUAAUGUAAGACCUGAUUUACAUAGAGGAAAUAUAAAUAGAUAAAUCAGAAAACGAUUCACUUUUCAUGUAAUGAACAUUUAUUUGGACAACAGCACUAAACACUUAAUUGUGUUUGCUUUUACAGGAGCAGUUAAUGAAAGAAGAAAAACGCCUGAAAGAAAAGAGAAAAACUCAUGGGGAUGACUCUAACUUACGCACCGCUGAUGAAACUCCUGGAUCGCUGAUGUCUAGUCAAAGACUGGACAUGACUCGUUUUGAUCUUGGCGACACAAGAGUUCUUCACAUGGAUGGGAAUGAGACUAAGCCUUCAGCUAUAAACUUCUUGAGUCGAAACAAUAGGGGCCCAGCCUUACCUCCCUUAGAACCACUGAAUUCUCGAUCCCAAGAGAAGUUGGUUGUUGAAAAAAAGAAAAGAAAGAAGAAGAAGCUCACUGAAUACAAUUUGACGUUCAAUGAUGAUGGUAACCAUGGAGAUGAUAUAACAAGUAGACUAACACUGCAGCCACCUAAAUCUGGUUUGUGGAGCAGAGAGAUUGAAGUGCACGAUCUUACACCUCGCAUUGCUAAACCCAAGGUAACAAAAGUUGUGAAAGGCAAAAGGAUAGACGAAGAGGAAGAUGAAAUUAAUUCCUACCCUGAUAUUGAAUCUAGACACAUGCAACUAUACAACGAUCUAGAUGACCGAGAGAAAACUGCUCUGAAACCUUUAAAAUUUGAUGACAGUACCUUGCCAAACAAAGCAAAAAAUGAAAUUAAUUUUAAGAAAGGUUUUGAAACAUUUCCCCGGGAUCUGGAAAGGGAGGAUUCUGUGUAUCGCAGGACCCUCAAGCAUGUCAAUCCACCUAAUCUGCAUAGUUUUGACGAAGAGAAGGAUGAAAUCACUGAAAGGGUGGAUGGCGAUGACAAGGACUUUCAUAAUGUUUUGGCAUCCAAAAAUAGCAAGGGCAAAAAUUCAAAGCAGUUGACAAAGGAAAGGGACCAUAGAAUACAAGAGAGUGAUGAAGAAAAUGAUACCUAUGAAUUACACAAUGCGCUUAAGGACACACUCCGUUUUCCUCGCAGCCCAAGAGAUGAAGAAGCACCAAGAGAUUUCCAGCAAGAGAUUAGAGAGUUACAGCAGCGCCAUCUCAGUGGACUUACCAAGGGAAGCCACAAUGGCUACCAUAAAAAUAUGCCUACAGAGGAAGAUGAAAAAAUAUACAGAAAAGGUAAACAGGAUUUGUCACGAGGUAAACUCUCACCAGUACCAAUAAAAGGUUAGUUUUAGUUUUGUUAAUUUUAACCUUAUUAUAAGAAUUGUAGUAGUUUUUAUUAUUGAAACAAAAGAUUUAUUAUGCCGUAAAUAAAAUAAUUGUUAGAAUUUUAUUAAGACGGUUAAUAGAAUUAAAAUUAUAAGAGAGCCAUUAGAAUUGAAAUAAGCCAGUAAUUAGAAUUAAAAUAGAACAGUUAUACGAAUUAAGAUGCGACAUUUAAUAAGAAUUAAAAGAGGACAGUUUUACAAAUACUGAAGGAAAAAAAAAAUUAUUUACAAUUUCAUCAGUAUUUAAUAUUUAGUUUUUCUUCUAAACCAAUAUUUAACCAUCUUAUAUCUUAUAUUAUUACAUGGUAUAUUUCUGUAUUUCUUUUGGCAGAGGAGAGAUCUCUUAAAGGUGAAACCUCAGACAGAUCAGAGACCAAAAGAAAGAAGAAGCGUAAUUUAUUGCGCUCAAAUAAGCUUGCACCCUCCGAUGAUGAAGAUGCUGAUUCUGCUUUUAGUGAAAAGUUUACUUCCCCUAGAAUGGUCCAGGAGAGAGGCUCAAGAAACUCAUCUGACAAUGAAACUCCUGUGAAGAAAAGCAGUUCAAAACUCACUCAGUUCCACCGGAACAUAUCUCAUGAUUCAGGUCAAAAUUGGUAUUUUAAUAAAUAAGUAAAUUUAAAAAUGAAUUAGAAUUUCAUUUAUUAAAAAAAAUGUCUUUAAAUAAAUUAGGAGUGUUCAACGCUUCUAUUCGUAGGCCACUCAAAUUACUCAAAAGGUUGUUCAUUCUUGCAAGAAUCACUUUUGUUGGCAUUCUCAAUGAGAGGCAAGAUAAGGGCAGUUGUCCCAUCCUGGAGUCAUUUUAACAUUAUUUCAUAUGGUUUUAUACAUGUUACAAAUUAAAGAAAACAGAAGAACACAAGGUAUGGAAAGAUAGAACAAUAAAAGAAUAAAAUUUCAGCUAAAACCCUUCCACAGAAGACAGGAACUAAGUUAACAGGAAGUUAAAAAAAAUUAUGUAUGUAUUAUUAAUGUGAAAAAUAAGAUUUUAACAGACAAUAAUUUUUAGGAAAAAUGUAAAAUAUAAAAAAUAAGAAAAGAAAAACAGGGAAAUUGAGGAUCACUAAUAAGGAAGAAUUUGACUGAUCCAUAUGGUGAUAUUAUGCAGAAACGCUAAAUUAAUUUGUUUUCCUUUCUGUCACUGGUGUGUUAGUGACGGAAACAUCUGAUAUCCCUUUGUUUUUAUCUCCGUUGAAAUGGGAUGAGACCACAGAAAGUUUGCCCUGUUCAAUAUCACAAAGAUUUUUAGUGAACCUAUCUGAUAAUCUUCUUCCAGUUUCACCCUUAUAACAGGAGCGGCACCUGGCCACACAAUCACAUUUAUUGCAUUUUGACUAACACGUGAAGUCCUCUUUGAUAGUAAAACUACCCUUAGGGAGGCUAAUAUUUUUGGUUUUGAGUGUCUGCUGAGGAAGACUCUUAGCCAAAACGUUCUUCUUUUAUUGCCAUGUCUUUCUAUUUCAAGCUUCCACAUAACUUGUUCCUCUAUUUCCUUCACACAGUUGAACACUGUCCUUCAUUUAUUACAAAUUCAAGUACUGUUAGACCAGACUGUUCAACUGCAAAAAUUACAGAGGCACUUAUAGGAACAUUGUUUGUGUUUUAAAUAAAAAUAAAUUGAAAGGCACCUAAAACACAUCACCAAAAAAUUAAUAAACAUCAUCCCAAGUUUGAUAUUUGGGAUUUUAAUAAUUACCAUUAAAAUUGAAUAUAAAAUAAAAUAAUAUCAGUGCCACUGACCAUGUUUGAUCCCUACUGAUGUUUGAAUAUUAAACUUAUAUUAUUUAUACAUCAUAACAGAUUUUGGAGCAAAGUGGGGACUGGCUGAAGACUUACCAGCUGUUGACAAUGAUUAUAAUGUUAGAAGGUUCCCCAACUUUGAUGACAGUGAUGCUGGGGAUAUUGUUUACUAGCAGACCACUGAAUAAAAGUGUUAAACUCAGGUCUUCUGUGAUGAGAGUAACAAUGCUAAGACUUGAAGUUUAUUUGUUUUAGUCAUAUUUAUGUUAAUUUUUUUCUUUAAAAAAUGAAGUUAACUAUAAGUAAUUAUCUCAUAAGCGGAGUUAAAAUCAGCAAGCUUCUAAUAAUGAAAUGUCAUUGCUGAAAAUACUCUUGAAAAUAAUUAAUAAUGACAAUAUAAUGUUGUUUUUUUCCAACCUUUUUGCAAGUUAAUAUUUUUAUGUAUUAUUAAUUUAUAUAAUGGAUGAUACAGAUUUUAAUGGUUACCUUUUAUUGAUUUUUAAAGAAUGAAAGAUUUCACUAUCGAGUAAAUAAUUUCCCUUUAAAACUUGAUACUUCUGUCAUUUUUGUCUCAACAAUUUGUAAUAUUGAUAAAACAAAGAAUUGGGAUUUUCUGUCUGCAUUUAAGUUAUGAAAUGUUAAGUCGUCUCCUUUUUUAAAUAUAUAAUAAGCUUCAUAUUUGUUUCUUUGUUGUGAAAUAGUCCUAUCUAAGAUCAAACCAUAAACCAACAUUUGGUAUUCACUAAAUUUUUGGAGAGAGAUAUAUUUGGAACAAUAAUGUAAAUCAAUAACUUUUUCUCAGGAACCAAGACAUAUUAUUUAAAUUCUUUAUUAUUUAAAAAAUAUCACUUUCUCCAAAGCAAGGACAACUUGAUAAAUCUUUUAAAAGGACAGACGCUGCAUUUAUUUAUAUUUUUGUUGUUUUUUCUUUUAACUUAUGUUUCAUGUAUUGAAACAUCUGAUUUAUUAUCGUUAAAAAUGAAUUAUUUAAAAUUAUUUUUCGUCACUGUUGUUUUGCUGAAUUAAAAUUUUAAUAUGAAAUGUAAAUCUGAUAGCUUAGUUAUUU